GGUAGAUGGUGCCACGCGAACUGUGCUGAUCCUUCAAGUUGCACCAAUUUAACACAACAGGAAUCGGAUCAAGGACACCAUGGGCAUCACAUUUUUGGAAGUCAAAAAGCUGUUUUGUGUGGUCUUACCUGAGAUUCAGAAACCAGAGAAAAAGAUUCAGUUCAGAGAAAAAGUACUAUGGACUGCCAUCACUCUCUUCAUCUUCCUGGUGUGCUGCCAGAUUCCCCUCUUCGGCAUCAUGUCCUCAGACUCCGCAGAUCCCUUCUACUGGAUGAGAGUAAUCCUGGCCUCCAACAGAGGUACUCUGAUGGAGCUGGGUAUCUCACCCAUCGUGACCUCCGGUCUCAUCAUGCAGCUACUGGCUGGAGCCAAGAUCAUUGAGGUUGGAGACACCCCCAAGGACAGAACACUCUUCAAUGGAGCGCUUAAACUGUUUGGAAUGAUCAUCACCAUUGGACAGUUCAUCGUCUAUGUGAUGACCGGCAUGUACGGAGACCCCUCAGAGAUGGGUGCUGGGAUAUGCCUGCUCAUCAUCAUUCAGCUUUUUGUGGCAGGUCUGAUUGUGCUUCUGCUGGAUGAGCUGCUGCAGAAGGGCUAUGGUCUGGGCUCUGGUAUCUCCCUGUUCAUCGCCACUAACAUCUGUGAGACCAUCGUCUGGAAGGCUUUCAGCCCCACCACUGUCAACACUGGCAGAGGAACGGAGUUUGAAGGUGCCAUCAUUGCCCUGUUCCACCUGUUGGCCACACGCACAGACAAGGUGCGUGCCCUGAGAGAGGCCUUUUACCGCCAGACAAAGGAGCUAUCUGAGGCAGGUGAUGGAUCCUCAGCCUGGAAGUGA